AUGGUCUCUCUGCCCUUGGAACUUCAUGAACGUAUUGUCGACUCGCUUUCCGCUCACACCAAUGCGCUUGGAGCUUGCAGUCUUGUUUCUCGACAUUGGUUUCCUCGAGCUCGGUAUCACUUGUUCUGGACACUUGACCUUUCCGCCGACUGGACGCCAGAACCGAACGGAAUGACCUCCCUUCUCUCUCUUCUCCUCAAUUCACAUACACCUGCGACAUUCACGCCCUAUAUUUCGAGCAUAAUCUUGACUAGGAGAACGUGGGGCAUGACACCUGUGAACUCCAUUCUUUCCGUCCUACAACGUGUCGGGGUAGUCCCGAAUAGACUAGAAAUCGACUGUCCGGCAUACGAACCGCUGAAGCCUUUCUUCUGUGCUUCAUUGCGCAGCUUAUCAUUGACACUCCAUCUUGACAUCCACAUCGACACACUUCUGGCGUAUAUUUCCGCCUUCCCAUUGUUGGAGAGUCUCAGACUCGCGGGCUCUGCUCGGUAUCAGGCGGAAGAAACAGGUCAAACGAGCGACCUUGACUUUAUUUUCCGUCUCCAGACCCUCGCUGUUUCUGGCUCCAAUAUUGCGACACCGUUGUUUUCCCGCCUGGCAGAGGCUUUGUGUCUUUGCGAGCACGAAUCUAGACAUUUGGAACCAUCCAUUCGUACCAUCACACUCCAGAAUAUUACUGUGUGGACCUCCGUUUUCGAUUUCCUAUCUUCUUCCGCCGCUCGCAACGUUUCACAACUUUUGGUUUCCAACUGUCAUAUAGAAUCUACGCCAUUUCCGAUUCCACUAAAUUCGCUCCAACACCUUGCCGUCGCGGACACAGAGCCACCACAAGGUAUUCACACACUCCUCAAGCUUUCAUCGACGUUUGGCUUGGGCCAUUUCCUUCCAACAUUGUUACUGUCCACCGUCACCAUCGCUUUUUCACGGGUGCCCAGUCCAUCAAGUUUUGUACAUGCACCAUGGGAGGAGCUGGAUGCGAUAUUGAGCUCCAAAGCGAGGUUUCCACAGUUAAGGCGGUUCACCAUCGGGAUGGCAAAUGACAUGAACAACUUCGGGAAGCUGAGGCUGUCUCCGCUACCCCAAGGGCUUCAGGAUGUGUUGUGUGGCAAAGGGAAUGGUGUUUUAGAAAGGUGUUCGGAACGAGGAGUCAUGGAUUUCGCUAAAUAG